AUGGCCAAAAAAGGUGCUGACCACUCCCCCAACGUGGUGUCAUACAACACGGUAAUCAAUGGCUUCUUUAAGGAGGGCGAAGUAAGCAAAGCAUGCAAUCUAUUCCACGAAAUGAUACAACAGGGGGUUGUGCCUAAUGAGGUGACAUAUAGCUCCAUUAUCAAUGCACUAUGCAAAGCAAGAGCAAUGGAUAAGGCAGAGGUGAUCCUUCGACAUAUGGUUCAUAGUGGUGUCCAACCACAUGAUAGGAUAUAUAAUAUCCUGAUCCAUGGAUUUUUAACUUCGGGUCAGCUGAAAGAAGCCUUUAGGCUGUUGAAACUGAUGACAAGCCAAGGUGUUAUGCCAAACCUUGUUACCUGCAACUCAGUCAUGACCUACCAUUGCAAGAAUGGAAGAGUAAAAGAAGCUGCGGAAAUAUUUUAUUCCAUGGCUGUGAAGGGCCGAAAACCUAAUGUCAUCUCAUACUCUAUUAUGCUUCAUGGGUACGCGACAGAAGGAUCCCUUGUUGAAAUGAUUGAUCUCUGUGAGCUGAUGGCAAGAGAUGGAGUUGUACCCGACCGCUCUGUUUUCAACAUACUGAUUAAGGCAUAUGCUAAACAUGGAAUGAUCGAUGUGGCUAUGCUUUUCUUUGAUGAAAUGUUGAAGCAGGGGGUGAACCCUAAUGAUAUCACAUAUUUAACUCUGAUAUCUGCAUUUUGCAAGAUGGGCAGAAUGGAUGAUGCCAUGAUCAAAUUCAAUGAGAUGAUUGAUAUGGGAAUACCACAUGAUACAACUGUUUACAUGUGCAUGAUUGAGGGUUAUUUGAAUCAUGGUGAUUCCGUGAAAGCCAAGGAAUUUAUUACUAAAAUGAAGAGCAGGGAUGUUUGUCAUAGCCCGCGGAAGGGUAAUUGA